AUGGACAGAACUCAACAGAAUUCUGUUGCAUAUAGCGAUGAAGCAGACAGACUAAAUUCAUUUAAAGUAUCACACACGAUAAAUAAUAAAAAAUAUUCAUGGCGAUAUACUGUGAUUCCUGCAGAUAUGUUAGCCACACUAGGUUAUUACUAUUUUCCAUCUCCGAAUAAAGAUAAUAUCAUCCAGGCAGACUCCAUAAAAUGCAUAUAUUGUAAUCAGGCAACUUACGGCCUCAAAAAAUGUAGAUCAAAAAGUAAAGAUGUUCUGGAAACAAUAUCAAAUGUAUUAGAAUUUCAUGUAGCGAUUUCUCCUAAUAAUUGCCUAUUAUGUUACUUGAGGUUGAAAUUACUUAAAGAUUAUCGAUUAAAUUCAAACGUAUCAAAUUGGGACAACGAAAGGUUUUUUAAUGAGCCUUUCACUUCAAAACUAUUGAAUAAUUUUAAAGAAAGCUUUCGGAAUAAUUCUAAUCGUGAUCAAAUCAGCGACACAUCAAUCGAAACUGUUAGCAGGGCAGGUUUAAUAAAAUAUGAUCCGUCAUACACAGCAUUUAAAGAACCACUAUCUUCUUCAGAAAUUUCAAAAACUGCUGUUGUUGCAUUUUGUAUCUAUAACAAAAGGACAAUAAUCAUCCCACAAAAUCUUUUAGAAUCGACAUCGAAUAAUUCAAUGUCAGUAAUUGAACUACAUUUUAAAACAUGUAAUAACGGUAAAUGCUAUUUCUUUAAACAUUUAGAAUCAAUUAAUGGUGUUCCCAAAUUGAGUCUUUCCUAUUUGAGAACGUUUUAUUAUGAUUAUGGAUCUGUUAACAGUAAUUCAAAGAUUGAAGAAAAUAAGGACAGUCUUACAAGAUCCUCUGAUUCUGUGAUACACCAUACCGAAAUUUUUCAAACAUCUCCGGAACACACUCCUUCAAAUGCAAUCCAGAUAUCUGAUAAAAAUGGUAUUCAUAGUGAUCAAGCUGUCAAUAUACAUGAGGAUAAUAAGAAUAAUAACAUAGCACCUAGAAAGAGGAAAGUAGAAAACAUAUCCCCCCCUAAACAUCAUACUAGAAAGCUUUUGAGAUCUUCUCCAAGAAGGAUUUCACCCACCGAAUUUUCUUUUGCAGAAAAUAGUAAAAACAAUUCUGAAGAAGACGAAGUUCCAAAAGAGGUGACUAUCGAUUUCAAAAGUCAUGUGGACAGAAGAGCAAAACAAUUGAAAAGAUCCAAUAAGCUAUUGGAUAAUGAUGAUGGGGAAAGUGAUGUCUUUAGUUUUUCAGCUCAUGGGCAUAGUACUUUCGACAUUCCCGCCCAAACUUCGAUAGCUGCAAAAUCUAUAUUGAUGUCCCCAAAUAAGAAUGAGAAUAAGAAUAAUAAUAAGGCUCAACCAUCACCAAAUGAUCUAAGCAUGAUGACAACAACCCCGAAUAUUUUAUUUUCAGAAAAGAAAGUUGAACUAUUACCAGAAAGACAAACACCUAAAGGGCUCUCCUCACCUGAUUUCGUUACCGCAUUAUCUGUCGUUAGUAAUGCUCAAGGAACGCCGUCUAAACACAUUAAUGAUUCAUCUAACAAUUCUCCUAAGAAUUCUUUAAGAUCUAAUUUAAAAAUCGAUGAAAAUUUAGUGAAUGCUGGAGACAAAAUUUUAGCUGCCGCCAGAAACAAAACCGAAAUAAAGAGUAGUGGUACACCAUCUAAAUCUGAAACAACAGACGCUAAAUCAAAUAAUAUUGAGAGCACACCACUAACGAAAAGUAACUUGGAGCAGUACAUAAAUGACAUCAGUCGUAAGGCGAAACUUUCUAAUGUACCGACAUCUGUCUCUCUAAGUAGCUCCUCUGAAUCGUCGGGAUCUGCAGGUAGUAUAUCUUCUACACGUCACAUCGUCGUCUUAGGCAUCUCUAAACAUGGGAGGGUUUUGAGCAUUACCCGUAACACAUCAGCUUUGCAUACCUUAGAAUCACCUCUUAAUGGCAUCCCUCCAUAUUCAAAUAUUGAAGAUUUGCCGUUUACUAGUCCGAUGAAGGCAUCUUCCGUUUCAUCACUGCACCCUACGCACAAUACUAUAGAUAAUAUUCAUUUAGAUGAGAUACCAAGAACCUCGAUUGCAGUUGAUAUGAAAAAGGAAGAUAAAAAUAAUGUGAUUGUGGAUAAAAAACUACCCGUUUAUAAUGAAAAUACCCCUUCAAAAAUGCAGCAUUCAGAGGGAACUUCAAAAGACGUUUCUUCUCGUGCUGAACUCGUUAAUUCACUUGAAACGGAGGAGAAUUUACAAAAGAUAUUCAAUUUGGUAACAAUUGUGGAUAGAGAUACAAAUAAUGUUAAGAAGUAUUUCCACAAUUUAUUACGCUACAUUAAUUAUAAUAAUGCUACUCUAAAAGAUGAUACUGAUGGUGAUCUUCAUUUCUAUCUUAAUCGAAUGCCUGAAUUAGAAAAAAAAAUGACCUUUAUAAAUUGGGUUCAUUAUAAAACAGAUUUACUGAAUAAGUCAUUUGACAAAAGAGUAAGGACAAAAACAAAUAUUUUAAAAGACACAUUUGAAACAUUGAUUCAGAAAAUAAAUUUAAUUGAUGACAACGACAAUAAUGAAGAUGAAUUCUUAAUAAGUAUAUGUAAUAGCUUGGAACAUUGA